CCCGCGCGCGGCGCGGCGCGGCCCAACCCCGCGUACACUCGCGCCCUGCGCCCCGCGGGCCGGCGGGCGGCUCCCGGCGCGGCCCCUCAGCCAGCGCGCCGGCAUUGUGUGGACGCGCCGGGCCGGGAGCGCGCGCGGGGGCUGUCGUGCGCCCCCGUCCCCGUCCCUUCCCGGUCGCAGCGCCGCCUGCGCCCCGCCGCCCCCGCCGCCCCCGCGCGGCCCGGCCCCCGGUCCGGCCCGGCCCGACCCGGGCAGCGCAGCGGCGGGGCGAGCGGCGGCGCGGCGCGGCAACAUGGCGACGGUGCCCGUGUACUGCGUCUGCCGGCUCCCCUACGACGUUACCCGCUUCAUGAUCGAGUGCGACGCCUGCAAGGACUGGUUCCACGGCAGCUGUGUUGGGGUGGAAGAAGAGGAGGCUCCAGACAUUGACAUUUACCACUGCCCGAACUGUGAGAAAACACAUGGAAAGUCCACGCUCAAGAAGAAGCGGACUUGGCACAAACACGGUCCAGGGCAGACACCUGAUGUGAAGCCAGUGCAGAAUGGCAGCCAGGUCUUCAUCAAGGAAUUGCGGAGUCGGACCUUCCCCAGCGCUGAAGAUGUGGUGUCCCGUGUGCCAGGCAGCCAGCUCACAUUGGGCUACAUGGAGGAACAUGGUUUCACUGAACCCAUUCUUGUCCCCAAGAAAGAUGGGCUGGGCCUGGCUGUCCCAGCCCCCACGUUCUAUGUCAGUGACGUCGAGAACUAUGUGGGGCCCGAGCGGAGUGUGGACGUGACGGACGUCACCAAGCAGAAGGACUGCAAGAUGAAGCUGAAGGAGUUCGUGGACUAUUAUUAUAGCACCAAUCGCAAGCGUGUCCUCAAUGUCACCAAUCUGGAGUUCUCCGAUACCAGAAUGUCCAGCUUUGUGGAGCCACCUGACAUUGUGAAGAAGCUGUCCUGGGUAGAAAACUACUGGCCUGAUGACGCACUGCUGGCCAAGCCCAAAGUGACCAAGUACUGCCUGAUCUGUGUGAAGGACAGCUAUACUGACUUCCAUAUUGACUCCGGGGGUGCCUCCGCAUGGUACCAUGUGCUCAAGGGGGAGAAGAUCUUCUAUCUCAUCCGGCCAGCCUCCGCCAACAUCUCCCUGUAUGAGCGUUGGCGGUCAUCCUCGAACCACAGUGAAAUGUUCUUUGCCGACCAGGUCGACAAGUGCUACAAGUGCACCGUGAAGCAGGGUCAGACCCUCUUCAUUCCCUCAGGCUGGAUUUACGCUACGCUCACGCCUGUAGACUGUCUGGCCUUCGCGGGACACUUCCUCCAUAGCCUGAGUGUGGAGAUGCAGAUGAGGGCAUAUGAAGUAGAAAGAAGGUUGAAGCUGGGCAGCUUGACUCAGUUUCCCAACUUUGAAACUGCCUGCUGGUACAUGGGGAAGCACCUACUGGAAGCAUUCAAAGGUUCUCAUAAAUCUGGGAAGCAGUUGCCCUCUCAUUUAGUCCAAGGAGCUAAAAUUCUCAAUGGUGCUUUCAGGUCAUGGACGAAGAAGCAGGCUUUGGCAGAGCAUGAAGAUGAACUCCCCGAACACUUCAGGCCCUCGCAGCUCAUCAAGGACCUGGCUAAAGAGAUCAGGCUCAGUGAGAGUGCCUCCAAAGUUGUCCGACCAGAAGUGAACACGGUUGUCUCCUCCGAUGAGGUCUGUGAUGGGGACCAGGAAAAGGAGGAACCUCCAUCUCCCAUUGAGGCCACCCCACCUCGAUCCCUCUUGGAGAAAGUGUCCAAAAAAAAGACUCCCAAGACUAUGAAGAUGCCUAAGCCAUCUAAAAUGCCCAAGCCUCCGAAGCCCCCCAAACCUCCAAAGCCCCCCAAAUCUCUGAAGCUUAAGGAUGGAAGCAAGAAGAAAGGGAAGAAGUGUCGGGAGUCAGCCUCACCCACCAUCCCCAACUUGGACCUGCUUGAGGCCCACACCAAGGAGGCCCUGACCAAGAUGGAGCCACCCAAGAAGGGCAAGACCCCAAAGAGUGUCCUGAGUGUUCCCAACAAGGAUGUAGUUCAUACACAGAAUGAUGUGGAGAGGCUAGAAAUCCGAGAGCAAACAAAGAGCAAAUCAGAGGCCAAGUGGAAGUACAAGAACAGCAAACCCGACUCCUUACUGAAGAUGGAGGAAGAGCAGAAAUUGGAGAAGUCACCCCUGGCUGGAAACAAGGACAAGUUCUCCUUUUCUUUUUCUAACAAGAAACUCCUGGGCUCCAAGGCUCUCAGGCCCCCAACAAGCCCUGGUGUGUUCGGGGCCUUGCAGAACUUCAAGGAGGACAAGGCCAAGCCAGUGAGGGAUGAAUACGAGUAUGUGUCAGAUGAUGGGGAGCUCAAGAUCGAUGAGUUUCCCAUCAGGAGGAAGAAGAACACUCCGAAGAGGGAUUUGUCCUUCUUGUUGGACAAGAAGGAGGUGCUUCCCACACCUGUCAUGAAGCCAAAGCUGGACUCCGUGGUGUACAAGCAGAGCGAUGACUCUUCGGAUGAGGGCUCUCUGCACAUCGACACAGACACCAAGCCCGGCCGCAAUGCCAAAGUCAAGAAGGAAAGCGGGAGCUCCGCAGCCGGCAUUUUGGACCUGCUGCAGGCCAGCGAGGAGGUGGGGGCGCUUGAGUACAAUCCCAACAGCCAGCCACCUGCCUCCCCCAGCACGCAGGAAGCCAUUCAGGGAAUGCUGUCCAUGGCCAACCUGCAGGCCUCUGACUCCUGCCUGCAGACCACGUGGGCUGCUGGCCAGGCCAAGGGUGCUUCACUGGCAGCCCAUGGUGCCCGGAAGAAUGGGGGUGGCAGCAAGAGUGCGGGCAAGCGGCUCCUAAAGAGGGCCGCCAAGAACAGUGUGGACCUGGACGACUAUGAGGAGGAGCAGGACCACCUGGAUGCCUGCUUCAAGGAUUCUGACUAUGUUUACCCCUCAUUGGAGUCUGACGAAGACAAUCCUGUCUUCAAGUCCCGGUCGAAGAAGAGGAAAGGCUCAGACGAUGCUCCCUACAGCCCCACAGCAAGGGUUGGCCCAUCGGUGCCAAGGCAGGACAGGCCUGUGCGUGAGGGGACUCGAGUAGCCUCCAUCGAGACCGGGUUGGCAGCGGCCGCAGCCAAGCUGUCCCAGCAGGAGGAGCAGAAGAGCAGGAAGAAGAAGAGUACUAAAAGGAAGCUGCCUCCUAACCCUGUCUCAUCCUCUGCCUCGGCCUCUACUGGUACCACCUCGGCCUCUACCACACCAGCCUCCACCACCCCAGCCUCUACUACCCCGGCCUCCACUACCCCGGCCUCCACCACCCCAGCCUCCACUAGCACGGCCAGUAGCCAGGCCUCGCAGGAGGGCAGCUCCCCCGAACCCCCGCCUGAAUCGCACAGCAGUAGCCUGGCUGACCAUGAGUACACAGCGGCUGGUGGCUUUGCAGGGGCUCAGGCUGGCCGCACCUCCCAGCCCAUGGCCCCUGGAGUCUUUCUCACACAGAGGCGGCCUUCUGCAUCAUCCCCCAACAACAACACCGCUGCCAAAGGAAAACGUACAAAAAAGGGCAUGGCCACCGCCAAGCAGAGGCUUGGGAAAAUUCUGAAAAUUCAUCGGAAUGGAAAACUGCUCCUUUAAAGUGUGGAAAGCCAGGAUCCUUCUGCUCUGCUCAGGACCCCCCGGAGCCCCGCUAAAACAUCAGCCCCUCCCUCCAAGGAGGGUGGCCUAGCUGCCUCACCCAGAGAGGACCUCACCUCCUCCCAGCCAUCACUCCCCCCAAUGAGCAUCUGUCCCUUGAGCAGGCGGAGUGAGCCCAGUGAGCGGCUGUCCCUCGUUUUGAAUAUGGACAUCCUUUCUCACGUUGCUUAGUGACCAGUUCCUCAAAAGCCAGUUUGAGGACCAUUCCAGUUUCAGACAGCCUCCAGGCACCCCUGAGUGUGGGUGUGAUUGCAGGGCCUUUGCAGCUCUGCUGGGAGCUUGAGUCCUUCAAGGAAGGUGGAGUGAGCCAAUGCUCAUCAGCCCCAGAGUCUGAGCUGGCCACAGGCUGGUAGCCUCCAGAGGCUUAAAAAAAGGCAAAGAACACAGAGAUGAGGAGGAGCAAGCAGGAUGCUUCUUUUAGCCCUUCCUUUCUCUUUCUGAGAGGUCUCAGACAAAUCCACAGAGCACUCAGCCAUCAAGAAGAGGCCUGCCCUGAGCUCCCCCAGCUGGCAGGUGGCAGGCAGGCUGACCACCCAGGGCUCUUUCUUUGGGGAGGCUAGGACCAGCAGCUGGUGUGUUCAUGUGGGGAGGGGGCAUUGUGGGGUUCCCAGGGAAGGGCAAGGGCUCAGCCACGUCUUAGGGUCCGGGGGACCCAGGCUAAGCCGCGUGGGGGGGCCCCAUCCAGCACUGCUGGUUACACUCUGGAGAAGCACUUGUUGGCCAAGGCCCCUCCCCUUCCCCCCAGCCCUGAGACGACCGAUGGGCGGGUGGCGACCAGGUGUCUUGGGUGCCUGUGGAUGAGCACUUGUGUUCCCCCGCGUGGGCGCGUGGCGUCGAGCGCGGCCGUCCUGGAUGGCAUGUCUGCCCGUUGACACGGAGGGGCUGGAUUUGUUUCUCAGGCAAUCCUGUAUUUUAAUUUUAGAUGUAUUUCCUGAAGCAUAUUUUUCAUAGAAUGUAGCGUGUAAAUAGCUUUUUAAAUGACUUCUUUUUUAUAAGAGUAAAAGUAUCUCCUAGGAAUUUCUUUCUAUAGAGUCCUUCAUUAACCUUUAUACGAGUUUUUUGCCGACUACGAUGGACACUUGGGUUCCGACGCUUUUUUCCUUUUUCCUUCUUUCCUUUUGUUAUUAUUCUUACUCUUAUUUUUUUCUUUUAGGAACUAAGGUAUUGCCUGAAAAACAAGUGCCGUGCGCGCAGCCUUAUAUACUCUGCCUCUAACAGAAGCAAAUAGUCCACAAGAGAUGUAUUUCAGACGCGUUUUAAAGACGCGUCUUCAACUUUCAUACCAGCUCUUUUGUUUUCCUUCUUGUAUGACGAGGGAUCGGGGAAACAGUUAUUUUACUAGCACCUUGUGAAGUGUUUCUGUGUUUUGUGAUGCUGUAAUUUAUUAAUGUUUGUAGCUUUUUAUAUUUGUACAUUUCUUAUGAGCUUUGUUUAUAUGCCCAUGAUCUGGGUGUUCUGUCCGCGAGGAGAGGCAGCUUGGCGGAGGCCUUACCCACGCCUGCCGUCCUGUGAGCAGGGACUCCGGCCACCCCACCGUCCCCAGGGCCUAAGGCUGCAAGGGAGUCCACCCCCCACCCAGCCCCGGGCCACGCAGAACUGGUGUUUUUAAAGCUUCCUUCCCCCCCGUCCUUGUGACCAUUUAUAUAAUCUAACCCCAGGCAUCAAGCUGUCCUCUCUCUUCCUCUCUCUUUUUAAUUUUAUUAUUAUUUUGGCAACAUGUACAUUUCUAACAAAAGUUUAUCGUGGCUAUUAAAGUGUUUUAUUUCCCAAUUCAUAUUACUCUUGUAUCGAGUCCAUGAGGUCUAAGGCAACUUAGACCAAAGUUUUAAAAAAAAAAAAAAAGUAAAAAUAUUUCAGGUUUUGUACAGAA